UGCUGAGCGGAGGCUUCCAGAUGCUGGGAGAUGAUACACAUUUUAAUGAGACAAAUAUGAAUGAAAAUAAGAAGCAGAAUACAUAAUUUAGGGCUGUAAGGAGUGACUACAAGUUGUGGAGUCCUGAACUGUGAUUGUGAUAUAAGAGCUGAGUCCUGCAACAACUGACCAGGGAGUGACUGUCGCAGACAUGCAUUCUUUAUUUGCAUACCAGAAUCUGGAUGGUGGAGAGUGGGGGUUCCAUAUAAGCAAUUUGGCACCCACCACACUACUUUAUGAAAGAGCCAUGCAGAAACGCUUUAUAUUAAUAGGAGUCCUCAGCCUCCUACUGGUGGCACUUGCACUAUUUUUUGGACUCUACUUUGGAUUGCGUCGUGAUACCCCUUCUACGGAAUAUGUCUAUGCGAGAGCAGCUGUAGCCACUGAUGCUGGAAUAUGUUCAGAGAUUGGAAGGGACAUCCUAAAGGAAGCUGGCUCGGCUGUAGAUGCUGCUAUUGCCUCUCUUAUCUGUGUUGGACUACUAAAUGUUCACAGCAUGGGGAUAGGAGGUGGUGUCAUCUUGACUAUUUAUGAUUCCAAAACUGAAAAAGUUGAGGUUAUAAAUGCUCGGGAAAAGGCUCCACUUGCUGCAACAGAGAGAAUGUUUGGAAAUAACAGUCAGUUAUCCCAAAAUGGCGGUUUGUCAAUAGCAGUGCCUGGGGAGAUACGAGGAUACCAGUUGGCACACAAGCGUCAUGGCAAGCUUCCGUGGAAACGGUUAUUUGAACCAAGCAUUAAAUUGGCACGGGAGGGGUUUCCUGUGGGCUUGGGACUCGAACAAGGGCUGAAUCGAAGCAGGGAGGACAUUGAGCGUAAUCCAUUACUCUGUGAGGUGUUCUGCAGGACAGAUGGCCGUGUGCUGCAGAUGGGAGAUAUGGUAAAGAUGCCAAAAUUAGCAAACACUCUACAGACCUUGGCAGAUGAAGGUCCUGAUGUUUUCUACACAGGUCCUCUGUCUAAGCAGAUAGUGAGGGACAUCCAGGAUGCAGGAGGUAUUAUCACAGAAGAAGAUCUACGUAAUUAUACUGUGGACUUCCAGGAUGAACCCCUCCAAUUCUCACUGGGAGACUUUACCCUGGUCAGUCCCAAUGCACCCCUAAGCGGGCCUGUCCUUGGCCUUAUCAUGAACAUCUUAAAAGGUUAUAAUUUUUCAAGCCAAAGUGUAGCUACAGUGGAGAAACUUGGGUUGACCUAUCACCGUAUUUUAGAAGCCUUCCGUUUUGCUUAUGCAAAGAGAACAUUAUUAGGAGAUCCCUUGUAUGAGAACAUGAACGAGGUGAUAAAGAACUUGACCUCAGUUUAUUAUGCGGAAGAGCUGAGACGGAAGAUCACAGAUAAUACUACUCAACCGCCUGACUAUUAUGAACCAACUUACUUCAUACAAGAUCCACAUGGCACGGCCCACCUAUCAAUUGUAGCUGAAGAUGGCAGUGCUGUAUCUGCAACUAGUACCAUUAAUCGCUACUUUGGUUCUAAGGUUAUUUCCAACGUGACAGGAAUCAUUUAUAAUGAUGAAAUGGAUGAUUUUAGCUCCCCUCUUAUAAAUAGUGGCUUUGGCAUCCCACCUUCACCAGCAAAUUUCAUCAAACCAGGGAAGCGACCCCUUUCUUCCAUGUGCCCUUCAAUUCUUCUGGACAAAAACAAAAAGGUACACCUAGUGGUUGGAGGUUCUGGAGGCCCAAAAAUAACAACAUCAACAGCGCUGGCCAUUAUGAACACAAUCUGGUUUGGUUAUGAUGUUAAGAAGGCAGUGGAGGCGCCUCGACUACACAACCAACUUUUCCCUGGUAACUCAACACUGGAGAAAACGAUUAAUCAGGCCGCAGUACAGGAGCUAGUGAAGCGGAACCAUAAUGUAAGUUUUGAGACCUAUGCCUUUGGAUCGGUAGUUCAGGCAGUUUUGCACAGUGAUGGCAAAUGGGCUGCAGCUUCAGACUCACGAAAAGGGGGUUACCCAGCUGGCUAUUAAACUGAAACCACCUUGUGGACUACUGAGUCGAUCUAGCUGUCCAUGACGAUGAUGAACUGUUUCAAGAACUCUUCACUCAGGGACCAGAUUCAGUUGAGUACUUAUGGAUCAUGGCAGUCUACCAAAGAUGAAGUGCUGCUCUCCUCCUGCAUCAGACAACAUAUUUCUUCAGCAUAGUAAUAAAUAAAACAAAAGCACAUUGUGGAGACUCCUAUAUGUGAACAUUAUAGAGUGCCAUUGCCUUGCACAGGUCACACAGUCGAAGCCCUGGUAAAACUAUUGCGUUCCCAGACUGACAUAUCAUGAGCAGCUGUAGUUUUAAACUAUACAUCAAAAUGAAUUCCAUCUCAUGAUGCCUAAUUUGUGCCUUCUGCAGACUAUAGAGAGAACGGUCCAUUGCAACUGUGCUUGAGGGCACUCCAUCCCUUAUAGGAAGGCAAUUUUUGCUUUGUCCAUUAAUCAAAGCCAUUUUCCUGCUCAAUGUAUGAUUAGCAUGGAAGAUGUUGCAAUGUCUCCGUCCUAGAAAUUAAUAAAUUAUAUCUCUAAUAAAUGUUUCUUUUAUCUUA